UUCCAGAUGUGAUUAAACUCCUUCGACUCGCUUCAAACUAUAAUUCUUUUUAGCUGUCUUAUUCUUGAAAGUGGAUACCAUCUAUCGGUACAAUGAGUGGUUUGCGACCUCAUAAUGAUAAAGACGACGGUCAAGGGGAGCAGCUACAGCACGGAUUUCAGAUCGGAAUAACAAGAGAGGUUAAAUUAGUUCAUCGCGUCUCUGCACAGCAGUGCGAAGAAGAUAUUGAAGACCUUAAGAAGCAACUCAUCGACAAAAACAAAGAGAUCGGAGAUUUGAGAAAGCGUGUGAAAGAGCUUGAGACAAAGAACAGUGAUCUUGAAUUCCAACUCAAAAACAAGUGUAGUGAAGUGAACAACCUGAACAAGAGAAUUCGCAAGCUUGAAGAAGAGAAGAAAAGUAUCGAACAAGAGUUAGAGUCAGUGAAGGUAAACUUAGCGUCCGUGAACCUUAACUUGAAGACCGUUAAGGAAACAGUUGCCGAGCUCUCUGAUUCAAGAGAAGUCCAGGAACGAAAGAACCUCGAGCUGGAAAGAAAGAACUUCGAGCUGGAAAGAGAGAUGAAAGACGUGAGCAAUUCUCUUGAAAAUGUUGAAGAAGAAAACAAGCAAUUAAAAGCUGAAAUUCAGCAAGUUCGAAGGCACCAACGCUACGUCGAAGGCGCACCAUUACGUUUACCAGURCCCGCUGAUGAACAAAAUUUCGCGAUGAUGGUCCUCGCUCAAAUGGCGUGCUGUAUUUUAAGUGCGAUGUACAAGGUAGUAUUGCCAGAUUACUACACACCUGUGAUCAACUACACUGUUGCCAUGAUUGACGAAGACAUCCAAAAUUUGCCUAAAACCGAGGAAGAGMGAUGURAAGCCAUCAARCGGUUKGAAAAGUUGAAGRAAAGUUUGAACUGGACUGAAGAMAAGGCAAAGAUCCUCCAAAUACUUCAAGAAAGUCGCAACUCCAUAGAUUGGAAUUCUCAAAACCUUGAAGAGAAGGUGAUUCAAGAUUGCACGAAGUACUUGCAUCAGGAGAAUAUUCUGAAGGGCUGGUUGAAUAUUGAUCACAUCACUGGACUUAUCGAAGUGUGGAAAAGACUCAACUCUUCUACAACCUUGGUCACAAAAAACUAAGCUGUUAUAAACACCAUUUGCAGGCAUGUUUCUACUUAAUUUGUAAUACUUUGGACGGUGACUAAUUUAAAAAAUGGCUGAUCACAAGCAAUAUUUUGUGAACGAUAAAGUAAACGUUUUCAUAACGAUUUUUAUAAUAUUUUUUUAUUGCUCUAUAUGACGAUUUUACUUGUGCAAUAUGCAUUCAAGAAUCUAGCGAAAUCAUCAAAAAUUGCAUGCCUGACACUAAACAAUAUCAAAUUCCUUAAUUUAAAGUAGUUCUGAUCAUUAGCUUUGAGUUCAACUCUGCUUUUCCUGUUCACUAGGAGCUCUUUUUUACAAAUCUUAUUUCUGACAAGAAUUCUUUGAUUUUGAGAGUUGAUGGUUUUGUAAUCGUUAUUUUGUGCGCUUUAAGUGCUAUAGAAAUAUUGAAUAUAUUUAAAGAUAUUCCCCGAACCGAGAUUCUCAGAACUGCCAUACGUUUUUGGUCACGUCACGUGGUCAUGUGAUUUGGGCCAGGCAUUGUUUUAUCUGCGACCGCAAUCCAUCUUUGAAAAUAUAAAUAGUUUGGGUUCGGUUUUUCUUAUUUUGAUAUUUAAAUGAUUGCUGUAAAAUGCUUGUUUUUUUUUUUUUUUUUUUUUUUUUUUUGCAGAAAAUUGUUAUGAUCGGAAAAUCUUCAAAAUCUAAUCAGAUAGUAACUAUGGAAUCUUAUCUUAUGGUCACCCGCUCAAAACGAUCUCUACGUUAUAGUGAGCAGAACAUUCGAUCCGGCGAAUUUAGCCUCCAUGUUUGUGUACAAUAUAUUCCUAAUUGUGAGAAUAAACGUGUGAGAUUUCAAACCAA